UCCCUGGGCAGUUCAUAUCGUGUUUAGAUAACGUUUCGAAUGCCGCCUCUUCGCAUGUCGUGUCUUCUCCAACUUGGAGUUUCUAAAGUUCGUGGUUUGGGCGAACACCCUUCGCCUCAGCUAGAGGUCCGAACUGUUUAGUUGGGUGUUUUCCUCGCUAUGGCUUAUUGUCUUCAACCAUGGCACUUGGUUUGCAUGGCGAGUUAUACCACUAGCCCUCACAUAUCUCGUUGAUUCCUGAUUAUUUUUAAUUUAGCACUAUCAUGACGUCUUGAUCAUGUUCGAAAAGUGUAGACAGUGUUUGCCAUUCUCAUUGUAAAAUCGUACAUGAUGACUGGAACAAUGACCAGGAUGCAAAUUGAUUUUAGUUCAUUUUCUUUUGUGUGGUCAAAUCUAGUCACAGCAGGUACUGUUAUAUUUUUUUUCUUCUCAUCCUUUGAAACUGGUUCGUAAACAAACAGCAUCUUGGUACUGAAAGUAGAAAUCAUUUACAAAUCGACUCCUUCAGACCUUGUUAGAUCAUUAAUUUUUUUGUGCUUAGAAAGUUCUUUAUGUUUAAACUGAGAAUGUCACUGACUCAACCUCGGGAUCCAACCGAAGCUCUGCUUUGUUUUACCAGUCACAACUGAGUGAACGAUUAAGGAGAUGGUCAGAAUGUGCGUGAAGAAGGGAUUUGGCUAAUGGGCCAACUAAUUUCAAGUGAGCCAAGGGUAGGCGAACCGAUAGAAGAGAAAGAAGACGCAAACGAAGACGAAGACGAGGCGGAAAUUGAACCGGAGGAGAUUGAACCGGAGACAGUGUCGAUCUGGGAUAUGGGCUCUAUCUCUUCUAAAGUUGACAUUCCAGAGGAUGAUAAACCCAUUAUUUUUGUGAUAGGUGGGCCAGGGACAGGUAAGGGAACUCAGUGCAGUCGAAUGGCGAAAGAGUUUGGAUUCAAGCACAUCUCGAUAGGGGAGUUACUGAGGGAAGAGAUGGAACGCGGUACCCUAGUUGGAAAGGAAUGUUCAGAGAUCAUGAAGGACGGAAAAUUAGUACCCCUGAAGCUGACUCUGGAGCUCAUAAUAAAGGCCAUAAAAGCACCAAACAACUCUUCUGGUUAUUUACUUGAUGGAUUCCCGCGUGCAACAAACCAAGCUCGGGCAUUCCAAAAACAAGUGAGGGCGCCAACCUUAGUUCUGUAUCUUCAUGCACCCCAACAAGUGCUUCUGCAGCGGCUCAUGCAGCGUGGACUAAUAGGUGGGAGAACUGAUGACAACCCUGCAACUAUCAGAAAGCGUUUCAUCACUUUCAAGAAGGAAUCCCUGCCUGUGGUCGCCUUCUAUGAAAAGACCUCUAUCUCCGUUGUAAAGAAGGUCUGUACAAUCACGGCGCCGGAUGAUGUGUACAGAAGAAUUCGAAAAGAAGUCAAAAGUGUGUUAACUCUCUCGAAGCCGCCAAGGAAGCACAUCAGACGGCGAGUCGCUGUGGCUCAGAAGGAGGCGGUAAUGUCUUGUUUGAGGCGCAUGAAACAUCGAAGGAGCAAGAAACCUCGAAAUGGAAACGGGAGUCAGAAUCUUGUACCUCUGCCUCCUCCGCUUCCACCGCCUCCACCGCCUACACGUGCAUCACCCCCUCAAGGAUGCCAUAUCAUGUAAUUUCCAACAUGGCAAACUUCGGUUCAUACGUAUCCACCUUUGAAGGCACUUGCAGAGUGUUUAGAUUGAGAAGAAUCACGGUGACGGUAAAUACUGUUCCGUGUGCAAUGCACAUAAAUCAGAUUGCGCCUCGCCCUAUUCUGCAAUAUUAGGAGUUUGAGCAAUGCCAGUCUCCUUGAGUGCACCAUGUCUAGUUCAGUCGGACUACACACCACAAGACGAACUGCAAUCACAAUCACUGCGUAUCAUUAUUCAAACAAGUAUGUAACACAUUAGUGACGUUGAUG